UAUAAUUAUGUUUUCUAUCCUCAGUCCUGGACAAGAGCCUGGUGGCCAGCUGUAAGGAUUCCAUAGGCUGGAUGUUCUCUAAACUGGAUACUAAUACUGAUCUGUAUCUGGACCAGGCCGAGCUGGCAGCUAUCAACCUGGACAAGUAUGAGGUGUGCAUCCGGCCCUUCUUCAACUCCUGUGACGGCUACAAGGACGGGAGGGUAUCCACCGCAGAGUGGUGCCUCUGCUUCUGGAGGGAAAAGCCCGCUUGUCUGGCUGAACUAGAGAGGAUCCAGGUUCAACAAGUGGCCAAGAAGAAGCCUG